GAUGAAACAUAUCCGAUGUCAUUGGCUGCUGUAUACCUUAUAACUCAAGUCAACUCCAACGGUCGUCGUUCUUACUGGGCGGCUUCAAAUUUACUUCAAAUCUUUAAGAUCCCAUGCUUUGUUCUUCUGUGGUUUUACAACUCCAAAAAGGGGACGUUUCGGCCUAUUAUGUCGCUUCUACUUCAUCUUCAACUCUUCCUCGCCCUCUUCGGCUCAAGCCAACUGCAAUUCGUGGCCUCUCACGAAGAGUCCGGUGACUGGCACUGCGAGCCCGACGAGAAGGCUCGACUUGUGGCCGAGUUUAAGCCCGGAUUUGUCACUGUUGAUGGAAAUUCUGAUGAUUGGAUCGAUGUCGAUGGGUACGAUUUUCCACUACGCCCAGCUCUCGAUCCAGAUGAAGAUAUGGAGUAUAAAGCUGGGAAAAUGGCCGUUAAGGCUCUUCAUGAUGGAAAGGAUAUUUACUUCAUCUUGCAAGUGGAUGGAGAUUAUGAGUAUUCAAAAGGAGAUCACUAUAAAUGCCCAUCAGUAGCCCUGAUGUUCCAAGUUGGCGAGAGCGCAUCAUAUCAUAAUAUGGGUGGAUGUGAAGAAAUGCCUGGUACAUGCAACAACAAGACAUGUCGUGGUUAUGAAGUUGACAUCAUGUAUUUCUCCACUGGAAAUUCUAUCCCAGGCAGACUGUACGGCGGAAACCCGAUCGUGGAAUAUGGUAACAGUGGUGACAGGAUUGAUUUGGUUGAUAUGUUUGCUUGGAACCCACACUGUAGAAACCUUGACGGCGUUGGUUCCACAGGAAACAAAACUACAGCAAUGAAUGACUGGAAAGGUGCAUGGUGGCAUAGCAGUUUCACAAACCAUUCAGGUUUCAUUGAGGAAGAUAGUCCUUAUGCAUCAUCUGGUCAAAAUGGUACAUACUACUUUGAGUUCACAAGGCCCAUGAGAACCAUGGAUUGUCUUCAACAGGAUGUACAAUUUACAAUAGGCCAAUCAAGCAAAUUUUCUGUUGCAUUCUGGUACCCUAUUAAUGGAAAUCCAUGGAAUAGUUCAGAGCAUUAUACUGUAAGCUGUGAUUGGGUACCUCUGGACGUAACUCCUAGCUCUUCUACAUACAUCAAAGCAGCAUCUGGGAGCUCUCAGGAUGGUGCAACUGGUUUUGCUUUUAUCAUAUCUAUCAUCGCCUUUUGUCUAUCCAUUUAUAUUGGGUAUUGAGUUUCUUAGACAAAAAACGCUAUGCCUUUCACCCCAAUUAUAUAAGUUUGGUAAUCUAGUUCCAAUCGAUUUUGGACAUAAAUACUUUUAAUAUAUAAUUGAUAUAUUUUUAUA